AUGGAGCGACCUCAGAACAUCGGCAUCAAGGCCAUCGAGCUUUACAUUCCCAAUCAAUGCGUGGAGCAGGCCGAACUCGAAAAGUUCGACGGGGUCAGCGAGGGCAAGUACACCAUCGGCCUCGGGCAGACGAAGAUGAGCUUCUGCGAUGACCGUGAAGACAUCUACUCCAUCGCCCUCACCACCGUCUCCUCCCUCCUGCGAAAGUACAACAUCGAUCCCACAUCCAUCGGCAGACUGGAAGUCGGCACGGAGACGCUGCUCGACAAAUCCAAGUCGGUCAAGUCGGUGCUCAUGCAGCUGUUCGAGCCGUCGGGGAACUGGAACGUGGAAGGAGUGGACACGGUCAAUGCGUGCUACGGCGGCACCAACGCCUUCUUCAACGCCGUCAACUGGGUGGAGUCGUCGGCGUGGGACGGGCGUGAUGCCGUCGUCGUUGCGGGAGACAUUGCCCUCUACAAAAAGGGCAACGCCCGGCCCACCGGUGGCGCUGGCUGCAUUGCCAUGCUCGUCGGCCCUGACGCCCCGAUUGUCGUCGAGCCAGGCUUGCGCGGCUCCUACAUGAAGCAUGUAUACGACUUCUACAAGGCAGACCUGACCAGCGAGUAUCCUCUGGUCGACGGGCACUACUCGGUGAAAUGCUACAGCGAGGCUGUAGACAAGUGCUAUGCGAACUAUAACGAGCGUGAGAGCAAGCUCAAGGCCCGAGCGAACGGGCAGGCGAACGGCGUGCACGCGGAGCCCGAGACGCCGCUGGAUCGAUUCGACUACAUGUGCUUCCAUGCACCCACGUGCAAGAACGUGCAGAAGAGCUACGCGCGGCUGCUGUUCAACGACUACCUCGCCGACCCCACCAACCCGCUGUUCAAGGAGGUGCCGGCAGAGUUGAAGGACGUGCCAUACGAGCAAUCAAUCACCGACAAGACGAUUGAGAAGACGUUCAUUGCGCUGUCGAAGAAGCGGUUUGCGGCGCGCGUGCAGCCAUCCAUCCUGCUGCCGACCAUGUGCGGCAACAUGUACUGUGCGUCGGUGUACAGCUCGCUCAUUUCCAUCCUCAGCAACAUCUCUUCCGACGAGCUGCAGGGCAAGCGCAUUGCCGUCUUCUCCUACGGCUCCGGCCUCGCUUCCUCCAUGUUCUCGCUCAAGGUUCGCGGCAGCACGGACGAGGUGCGGACGAAGCUGGACGUGCAUACCCGCCUGGAGACGCGGAGGAGCGUGCGGCCGGAGGUGUACGACGAGAUGUGCAAUCUGAGGGAACGGGCACAUUUGAAGAAAGACUAUCAACCGGAAGGAGACGUGGAGGCGUUGCGGUCGGGGACGUACUACCUCACCAAGAUCGACGACAUGUUCCGGAGGGAGUACGCGAUCAAGCAAUGA